AUACAUUUUAGGAUGACCCCGACGACCGAUUUUGACCUCCAAACCGCCCUCGCCGCUUGCCAAGACAGUCCUCCUGCACGAUGGGCAUUCAUUCGCCAAUUCACCCGCAGCUGGGCUUCGACGGGCACUCUUAACAAUACCCAGGCGCCAGCAGACGCCAAUUCUACGGAAAUAGGCUUAGCAGCCGGAGAGCAGCGACUCAAGCUCACACUUCCGCCCGCCCUCAAGGAGGCAUACAAACUACUCGGCCACCGACCAGAUCUCACCUCCAACCACGACAGGUUCCUCGCCCCGGAGGAGCUAUACAUCCACCAACACACCACCACCAACGACAUCAGCGUCCUAGUCUUCCGCACCGAAAACCAAAACGCUGCAAUCUGGGGGAUCAAGAUCUGCCAUUUCUCCAACCCCGAUCCACCGGUCUUCAUUCGCCUGGGCCUAUCUGAAGAGGAAGCCGAACAAUGGCUCCCGUGGACCGCCACCUUCUCAGAAGCUCUGGUCGAGAUCAUCCUGAUCGAAUCGAUGUUCGACCCCACCGCUCUAACAUACAUCAGCUUUGAAGAAUGUGGUAGAUCGGAACUCGAAAAGAGGUUCACGCCACUUCCAUUCCCCCGCUAUUCUCCAGAGUCCGGAAAUACGAUUUCUUGGUUCACCCAUGGCCCCAACCUAUUGCUUCGUCACGACGGAUCGGAGGUCAUGAUCCGCGCCCGCACAGACGACGCGGUCCAGCGGCUGACGGAACAGAACCCGGAUUUGUUUUCAAAUCUGGUGCCAAACGGAUAUAUCUAAUGUGCAAAGAAACAGAAAAUAAAAAUAAAAAUAAAAAUAAACAAUAAAAAAUAUAUUUCAAAGCGGGGAUCAAGAUUUAAUCAUCGCUAUUUCAGGAUAUCUGCCAGAUGUGUAUAUAUGCUUUCUCGUUCUUGAGGCCAUUAAUUCCGUGCUGACGAGAGGGGCAAUGAUCUCCUUUCUCUGUAGAUAAAUGGAGGGUACAUACAUGCAAAUCUUAAAACAAAAGAAACUCCUGGAGUGCAAAGAAGUGCAGGAUGGCU